AUGAGUUGCAACAACAGUUCAGAAUAUGCCGGGCGAUUCGAAAAUCCAAGAUGCGAUAACAGAGAGGGAGAUAAACGCUUCGCUUUCAUCGUCAAAGUUGGGGUUUUGGGAUUCGUCUUCGUGCUGGCCACCUGCGGAAAUGUGCUUUUGUUAUACGCGCUGUGGAUGAAACGCAAACGGAGCUCACGGACGCAACUGUUCCUCCUCCAUCUCUGCCUGGCCGAUCUGGUGGUCGCAUUCUUUCAGGUCCUUCCGCAGCUAUCGAUAGAAAUCACGCACCGUUUUAGAGGCUCAGACUUGGCGUGUCGAGCGGUGAAAUACCUGCAGGUCGUCGGGAUGUUUGCCUCAACUUACAUGAUAGUUGCUAUGACCAUAGACCGCUACAACGCCGUCUGCACACCCAUGGUGUCCUUCUUAACGGGUUCUUUUCGCAGAUAUGUCGCGAUAGGCGCGUCCUGGCUGGUGUCUCUGGUGUUCAGCACCCCGCAGUUGUUUAUUUUUUCGCUGCAAGAAGUUGAGAGCCACGUGCACGACUGCUGGGCAACUUUCAUUGAGCCGUGGGGGAGCAGAGCGUACAUCACCUGGAUCACCUUAUCGGUCUUCGUUCUUCCGGCUGCCAUUCUCCUUUUCUGCCAAAUAAAAAUUUGUUUGGAGAUCUAUUUGAAUAUGAAACGAAAGACGUUGCAGUCUGAAAAAACAGAAGGACGGACGAAGGGAAUAUCGAGUGCCGUGAUGAAAACGGUUAAAAUGACGUUUGUCAUCAUUCUUUCGUACACCGUGUGCUGGAGUCCGUUCUUUGUCGUACAACUGUGGUCCGCGUGGAGUCCUAGUACCGCGCCAACUGACGGUCCAGCGUUUAUUACAAUCAUGCUACUGGCCAGUCUCAACAGCUGCACAAAUCCCUGGAUUUACCUGUUCUACAGUAGAGGCAACUGAGCAGCCCGGCGCUUCAAGUACCGCGCGCCUGCACCACCGGACAAGCGUCGGCUCAACCGUGAGCGCUCGAGCGCACAACUUCUACAAUCAUUAACCGUCUUCUAAAGCACAUCCUCUUAUCAAGGAAUAAUGCACUUUACACAAUGUACAUAACACCCAAUUUCAUACAGGUGUGUUAUACAAUGUAUAUGACCCUUAAUUUAAUACUGGUUAGCCAAUAUAGUGGAGCAGUUCAGAUGCAUUUGAAGUGUCUUGCUUAAAAAACCAUCCAUCCAUCCAAAUCUCAGAAAUGCAUUGCAGCAGAACAGCAUAACACAGAGGUGCCCAAUCUUAUCCUAAAAGGGCCGGCGUGGGUGCAGGUUUU